GGCUGUGUUUGUUUACAUUGGACCACAGAAACAACAACACAUUCUCAAUCCACCACGUAAAACGCUUUUUUAUCCUAAAGUUAGCGAAAAAUAGAAUAAAAUGGAUCUAUCUCGGGCCCCAAAUGAAAGAAAGCUGUAUUUGUGCAAGUGGUACUUCAAAGCCGGAUUUGCGCUCCUUCCCUUUCUGUGGUCUAUCAACACGAUUUGGUUCUUCAACGAGGCGUUUCGCAAACCAGCUUACGAUGAGCAGAAGGAGAUUAAAAAAUAUGUGAUAUUCUCGCUAGUAGGAUCGUUGGUGUGGAUCGUGGCAAUCAUCGCCUGGGUUGUCACGUUCCAGCUGAAGCGUACCGAAUGGGGAGAGUUUGCCGAUAACAUCAGUUUUCUCAUACCGCUAGGGCAGGCCUGACGGCAUCAACCGUAACUAAAUUAAGCGUACUUUUGCUUGCUAGAGCGAACCCCCAUAAUCAUCAUUGUCAUCAAGUAUUAACUUCUAAGAAAACGGGGAAUUAUUUUAAACAUAAGUCCUAGGAAGAAUGUUAAGCUUAUACUACUAAACUGCAAUUGUUCUCCCCCGGAAUAAAAGCUCCCCUCGAUACAA